AGCAGGGGGCAUCCAGUGAGUGGAAAUAUUCAUCAAACUAUGCAUUAGAGGAGCGAGCAUCGCUCCGCAGCAGGCAGCCUCUGCGGGUGGAUGGAGCAGGCAGGCAGCCUAGCUUGAUCCUGCCCCUGGCUGCUUUUUUUCUGCUCAUAUUGGAUCAUAUUGUUCCUCCUGCAGCCCCCCCACUCUGGCUGGGAGGGAAGGAACAUGGCGACGGUACCAGUCUAUUGCAUCUGCAGGCUGCCUUACGACGUGACCCAGUUUAUGAUCGAGUGCGAUGCCUGUAAGGACUGGUUCCACGGCAGCUGUGUUGGGGUGGAUGAAGACGACGCUCCGGACAUCGAUAUCUACCAUUGCCCCAACUGCGAGAAGACCCAUGGCAAAUCUACCUUGAAAAAGAAAAAGAACUGGAGCAAAUAUGACACCGGGCAAAGCGCAGACAUCCGAGCGGUUCAGAACGGCAGCCAGGUUUUCAUCAAGGAGCUGCGGAGCCGGACCUUCCCCAGUGCCGACGACAUCGUGGUGAAGCUGAGCGGCAACCAGCUGACCAUGGACUACUUGGAGGAGAACGGCUUCAACGAACCCAUCAUGGUUCAGAAGAAGGAUGGCCUGGGCCUGUCCAUGCCCGCCCCCACCUUCUACAUCAGUGACGUGGAGAACUACGUUGGUCCAGACGUCACCGUCGACGUGGUGGACGUCACCAAGCAGACCGACAGCCAGAUGAAGCUCAAAGAGUUUGUGGAUUAUUACUACAGCACCAACAGGAAGAAGGUUCUGAACGUGAUCAACCUGGAGUUCUCCGACACCAGGAUGAGCUCCAUCGUAGAGAGUCCUCAGAUAGUGCGGCGCCUGUCCUGGGUGGAGAACUACUGGCCCGACGACGCCCUGCUGGGGAAACCCAAAGUCACCAAAUACUGUCUGAUCUGCGUGAAGGACAGCUACACGGACUUCCACAUCGAGUGCGGCGGCGCCUCCGUGUGGUACCACGUCCUGAAGGGAGAGAAGAUCUUCUUCCUCAUCAAGCCCACCUCUGCCAACCUGUCCCUGUAUGAGCGCUGGAGGUCAUCGUCCAACCACAGCGGCAUGUUCUUCGCCGACCAGGUGGACAAGUGCUACAAAUGCACCCUGAAGCAAGGCCAGACGCUGUUCGUCCCGUCAGGAUGGAUCAACGCCGUGCUGACCCCGGUCGACUGCCUGGCUUUCUGUGGACACUUUGUCCACAACCUGAGUGUGGAGAUGCAGAUGAGAGCGUAUGAAAUCGAGAAGAGGUUGAAGGUGAAGACUCUCACCCCGUUCCCCAACUUUGAGACGGCGUGCUGGUAUGUGGGACGCCACCUGCUGGAGCGCUUCAAAGCGGCCCCGCGCUCGCUGCUCGCCGCCUCCGUCUCUGACCUCCUGCUUUCCAAAGCUUUCUUCCUCCAACAGGCUCUGCUGGAGCACGAAGACGAGCUUCCAGAGAACAUGAAACCCUCCCAGCUCAUCAAGGACCUCGCCAGGGAGAUCCGGCUGUCAGAGAAUGCAACCAAAGCCAUCAAGACUGAAACCAGCAUCAAGCUGCCUGCAGAGGAGCCGGCUGGGACCCACUCUGAGGCCGAGGAGCUUGUUUCCCCGCCGCGCAGCCCGUCCCCCAGCAGAGAGAGGCCCAAGAAAAAGGCCUCCAAGGUCCCCAAGCCUGCAAAGGUCAAAGACGGAGAGAAGAAGAAAGUGAAGAAGACCAAGGAGCCAUCACCGCCUCCAAAGCCCUCCAGCUUCGCUGCCCUGGAGUCCCAUGCCAAGGAGAUCCUCAGCAAGAUGGACCAGCAGAAAAAGCCAAAGGUUGUUAAAAAUGUCCUCAGCGUGUCUGAGAAAGAGACGUCAAAGCAGAACAACAUGGACAAGUUUGACAUCAGAGAACAGAACAAAAACAAGACCGAAGCUAAAUGGAAAUACAAGAACAGCAAGCCAGACUCCCUGCUGAAGAUGGAGGAGGAGUGUCGGUUGGACAGAACGCCGCUGUCCGGGAACAAAGACCGCUUCAGCUUCAGCGUGUCCCACAGGAAGCUGGGCAGCUCCAAGACACUGAAACCUCAGACCAACUCCAGUGUUUUUGGAUCUUUACAAAACCUGAAGGAGGACAAAAGCAAAGCGGUGAGAGACGAGUACGAGUACGUGUCGGACGAAGGUGAGCUUAAGAUCGACGAGUUCCCCAUCAGGAGGAAGAAGAACGCCGUGAAGAGAGACCUUUCCUUUCUGUCGGACAUCAGAGAACCUCUUCAGCCUGCCAAGAAGCCAAAGUUCCAGCCUCCGGUGAGCAAGCAGAGCGCAGACUCCUCCGAUGAGGAGACCUUACACAUCGACACCGAGGCCAAACCAGAGGUCAAAGGUCGUAACUCCAAGGUGAAGAAGAAGAGCGGGAGCGCCGCAGGGAUCCUGGAUCUGCUGCAGGCCAGCAAACAAGUGGGCGGGAUCGACUACAACACCCACAGUCAGCCGCCGGCGUCUCCCAGCACGCAGGAGGCCAUUCAGGGCAUGCUGUCCAUGGCCAACCUGUCCUCCUCGGACACCCUGGAGCAGCCCUGGAGCAACAGCCAGUCCAAGAGCAACUCGCAGAGCCUGCAGGCGUACAAGAAGAGCGGCGGGGCCACCGGCGGCGUCGGCAAGACGUCCAAUAAGAGGCUGCCGAAGAAACCCAGGAAGAGCAGCAGCAUGGAGAGCCUGGACUACGACGACGACGAGCAGGACCACAUGGACGCCUGCUUCAAGGACUCGGAUUACGUUUACCCGUCCUUGGAGUCUGAAGAGGACAAUCCUGUUUUCAAAUCCAGAUCCAAGAAGCGGAAAAGCAGCGACGACACGCCGUACAGUCCUACAGCGCGCGUCGGACCUUCAGUUCCUCGGCACGAGCGACCGGCCAGAGAGGGGGCCCGCGUGGCCUCCAUUGAAACGGGCCUGGCUGCAGCAGCGGCCAAGCUUUCUCAUCAGGAGGAGCAGCAAAGAACCAAGAAGAAGAAGAAAAGCACCAAGAAAAAGAGCAUCAUAGUGGAGGAGCUGCCAAAACACUCUCAGGACAGCAGCUCCCCGGAUCAUAAUGCCGACUCCCAGGACGGCAGCCUGACGGACCACGAGUUCGGUCCCGGAGCCGUCAAGUCUCCAGGAGGGGCGCAGCCCAUGGCACCGGGGAUCUUCCUCAGCCAGAGGCGGCCGUCCGUGUCUUCUCCCAACAACAGCACCAACUCGUCUAGCACCAACAGCAGCAGCACAGCCAAGGGGGACCGCCUGGGCUCCACAGACGCCAAAGCUAAGCGGCUAAAGAAAGGAAUGGCAACAGCCAAACAGAGACUUGGAAAGAUCCUGAAGAUCCAUCGAAACGGGAAGCUCCUCCUGUAGCAUGCAGCGGUUCAGGGACCGGCUCCCAUCCCAGAGUCAACCUGCUCACCUAGAAAAGCCAACAAUGGGAGUUUAUGAAAAAAAACAGACUGAAACUCUAUGGGAGAGGAGGAAAAUCAUGCAUUUUUCAAUUUCUAAGAAGAACAUCACUCAGAUAGGUUUUUGCCUCUACUUAUACUUUAUAACUUUCAGAUAUUAAAGUGUACAGAAGCUAUUAUAAAUAUUUUUUAAGAGAACAUGUCUCAUUUUACUACAGCUGUCAUUUUAUCAGGGGUUGUUCAAUAGAAGUACAUUGCAGUCAUUCCAAGAUCCAUGGAAGUAUCCCCAGCAUGUUCUGUGUGCUUUGGGUGGCGCUCCUGAUCUGGUUACAGCUCUAUGUCUGCGCUGUGACUGGAUCUAGGUUCAGCUCUUGGUCCUUGUCCAGGUUUGGGUCCAGGAUCUUGGUCUUGGGUUGUCCUGGGUCGGGGAUCCAGCCUCUCAUCACCAAACUGAGGUCAAAGGUUCCUGAGGCAUCCGAUCGGAUCAGCGCCGAGCCCCAUCAGGGGCGGCUUUAUUUAUUCUAAUCUUUAGGUAGGAAAGGAGAAGCACAGGAUCAGAACCGAUGUCCAACGCACACGAGGACGCAGCGGAUCGGCGGGGGAAGUGACAGAGCAGCGUCGCCAUGGGGAUACUUCCUGUCUGCUUCUCUUUCCCAGGCAGCACCACCGCCCUGCUCCACUCUAGAGACUUUUUCUAUCCUUUUUCGCUCCAGAAUCUUUUUACUUAUUUCGAAUAAUGUAAAUCGAAAAGCGUCUAAGUGGGUUUGCAACCCGAUGACGUUGUGUUUCUGUAUUUUUAUUUGCUGGCUGUGGCGGUGCUGCCUGGAAACGGACAGGAAAUGAGCAACAUGUUGUCGUCAUAUGGCCUUACAUACACAAAGCUAACUGUAUUGUGAUUCUGUUUGAACAAGAAACGAAGCUUUGAGGAAAAACUGUAGUAAAGGAAAAAAGUUUCUGACCAGCCUCUUGUUCGACUUCUAGUAUCCUGAAGGUUUCAGAAUUAUUUUACUAGCACCUUGUGAAGUGUUUCUGUGUCGGUGAUGUAAUUUAUUAAUGUUUGUAGCUUUUUUAUACUUGUACAAUUCUUAAGAGGUUUGCUUUGGAAUAUGUUGUGAAAUGACCCUUUAAUUUGGUUAUUCUGUGCGAUGAUGCGUGUGAUGAUGCGUGUGUGCGUGCGUGCGUGCGUGUGUGUGUGCGUGUCGGAGGCAUCGCAUCAGACUCCCGCCCUGUGCCAUCAAACAUGCGUCCAUCACGUUUCCCCUCCUCCGCUCUCCAGACGUCGUCUCAGAAAAGACUUUUGUCCUUCAGCUUUUCUUUGUACAGUCCAUGUGUUGCUUGGUUGUGAUUUAUUUUUCUAUGUCUGACUCAUUAAAUGCAUCCACUGUUCCCCGGCAGUGAAUCCUACUCGCCGUCUUCCCUUCUUCUUCUUUAGUAAAACAGCCGCAGCCUUUCUAACCUGAAGCUCUGCUUGUUUAUUUCUAAGAUGUGGAGAAAUGACUUCCUGUGGAAAAACCUCAUUGUGACGCAUGAUUUGUCACAAGUAGAACUAAACAGCCCCACCUUGCUGACUCCACCCAAACAGGCAGAACAUUAUGACCACUAACAGCUGCCUGGAUAACCCCAGCAGCCUGUGGACCAACUGAAG